UCCUUGUCUCGAAGCAGACUGCACAAUGGCAUCAGGAACCCCUAAAACGGAAGCCAACGUGACCUUCUCCUUGGCUUUGUUUGAAAAGCUGAGUGAGGAGGACAAGACUGCAAGUGUUUUCUUUUCUCCCUUCAGCAUCUCUGCAGCCCUGGCCAUGACGUUGCUGGGGGCCAGGGGCAACACAGCUGCACAAAUGUUGGAGGUCCUGGGCUUCACGAAGCCAAAGCCACCGACAAUGCCAGAGCAAGUAGAGCAGCAGAGACAGAGCCCAAUGCAAAUGCAAAUGCAGACACGACAGCGGAUAAAGAUGCAGAUGCAGAUCAGCAAGCUGCCACAUUAUCUGAAAGAGGUUCUAGGCGAAAGUCAAGAUGAGGUCCACACCCACUUUAAACAACUCUUGACUGAGUUCAACGAGCCAAACUCUAAGUACUCGCUCAGUAUUGCCAACAGGCUGUAUGGGGAGAAAACCUACGACUUUGUUGAGGACUUCCUUGACCUAACCAGGAAAUACUAUCUUGCCGAGCUGGAGUCUGUGGAUUUCAAGGAAAAUGUCGAGGAGGCAAGGGUGAACAUUAAUAAGUGGGUGGAAGCGAAUACCCAAGAUAAAAUCCAGGAGAUCUUGGCGAAGGACAAGGUGCCUGACACAACCAAGUUGCUGCUGGUGAAUGCCAUCUAUUUCAAAGGCAACUGGAACAAACAGUUCAAGGAAGAGAACACUGUUGAUGCUCCGUUUAGAAUCAAUAAGAAUGAGACUAAGCCAGUGAAGAUGAUGUACCAGAAAGGGAAAUUCCCUCUCAAAUUCAUCGAAGAAUUAAACAGCCAGAUCCUAGAGAUGCCUUACAAAGGAAAGGUCUUAAGCAUGCUCAUCUUCCUGCCCAAUCAAAUAGAGGACAACACGACAGGCUUGGAGAAAUUGAAGAGAAACCUGUCCUAUGCCACAAUUACCGAGUGGACUCGUUCAGACGUGAUGACAGAGGUUGAGGUCCAGGUGGGCCUGCCACGAUUCAAGAUGGAGGCGACUUACGAAUUGGACAAAGUGCUACCCAGCAUGGGCAUGGUGGACGCUUUUGACAGCAGCAGGAGUAACUUUUCUGGCAUGUCUCCUAACAAUGACCUGCUGGUAUCCAAAGUCAUCCAUAAGGCUUUUGUGGAGGUAAAUGAGGAAGGAACCGAGGCCGCUGCAGCCACCACUGUCAUUGUUGUAGAGCGCACUUCAGUUAUUUCAAACACCUUCAUUGCCGACCACCCCUUCCUCUUCUUCAUCCGACACAACCCCACCAACACAAUCCUGUUUGCUGGCCAAUACUCCUCCCCUGAGUGAGAUUGUACUUCAUAUCAUUGUUUAUUGCUCUCUUUUUUUAACUGCCACGGGAAGAAGCAUCUCUGUCCUCUCCUGCAAAGUGUAACCACAACCAAAUCAUCAUGUCAUGCUUAGUAGUAAGGGAAAUUGAAUUACCGUGUGUGCACGUUUUGCACUCUCUGUUGAAUGGUUCCAUGGAUUUAAAUAUCUUUCUGCAACAUCUAUUUGAUGCUUGUUCAUAAAUAAAAAGUCAGUUUUUGAAUUCCACUGUUCUGUAUUCAACACGUUUAUUACUAUAGUGAUACUUUUCAGUGUAAAAUAAGAUGUAGCUAAAUAAGAACACCAAAAUGUUGUAUUAGAAACACAAUGCAGUCUACACUCUGACAGUGUAAGACAAAAUUAUGUCUUUUGAAAAGCUGAUGUAUCAGUAUAGGUCUUGUAUUGGAUCACAUUAUA